ACAUAUAAAUGGCUGAGCUUUACCUUGGGAGUUCAUGUGAAUCAAGCAAAACAAAUGUUAUAUGACUACGUAGAAAGGAAACGAAAGGAGAACGCGGGAGCCCAGUUCCAUGUCACCUAUUUACUGGCAGGGAACCUUGUUCAGAACGGGCACACCUACCAUAAGGUUGCAGUGGUGAAAGAAGACAAAUUAGAAGCCAUGAAGUCCAAGUUCUCCACGUUGGCCAGCGUGCAUGUCUACAGCAUCCAGAAAGCCCAGCUCAGGGACAGCAGCCCCCUUUUCAACACCGACUACGACAUCCUCAAGGCGAAUCUCGAGAACUGUGGCAAAUUCAGCGCCAUUUGCUGCCCUGCCGCCGUCACCAGGCCUGUCGCCGAAGGCUCCCCGGCUGAGACCCCCGCCCAGCCGACCCCCUCCACAAGUGUGCCCCCCGCACUCAACGGCCAUGCUCCAGGCGCACCUUCCAAGCAGCCCGCCCAGCCGAUGAAAGGCAUUAUGGGAAUGUUUGCGGCCAAAGCGACCUCCAAAUCCAAGAACGCCCACAAGGAAGUGAAACCGGAGACCAAAGAGACGCCCGGUGCUUCGGUGACCAACAGUAAAGGCCCAGCGAAAGGGAACAUACUGAACAAUUUCUUUGGCAAGGCUGCUGUUAGCAAAGAGGGCAAAGCCAGUGCUGAGCCCGAGCCACAGAAGGAAGAGGGAACCGCGGCCAAGUCCCCCGUUUCUUCCCUGGACCCCAAAUCUCCUCUUAACCCUCCCGGCCAUGAGAAGCCCAGCAAGGAGGCUGAGCCGGCCAGAGGGCGGCAGAGGGAUAAGAAAAGAGCAAAGAGGACAGACGUGUCUGAUGAGGAGGAGAAAGGAACCGGCCGCCUGAAGAAGAAAAGGCGUCGAAUCAAACAGCCUCAGUCGGACAGCAGUGGCGAUGAGGAAGACUCUUCAUCGGUGGCCGCUUCUAGAGACAGUCCUCCUGAGCCAGCUCAGAAGCCUCAGCCUCAGCCUCAGCCUCAGCCAGCACCUGCCCCUGCCCCCGUGGAGGCUUCCACGGGAGCGAAGAGACGCAAGCGGAAACGGGUCUUGAAAUCCAGAACGUUUGUGGAUGACGAAGGCUGCUUUGUGACGGAAAAAGCCUACGAGAGCGAAUCUUGCACGGAGAGCGAAGAGGACGCCCGGACCAAGCCCGGCGCGGCUCACAAGGCCUUCCCUGGGGCCCCCAAGAAAGACCCCAAAGAGGAGAAGAGGGGCACCAAGAAAGGAGGAGGGGUCCCUAGCAAGGCCAACAAGCAGGCCUCCAUCACGGGCUUCUUCCAUAAGAAAUGAUCUCCCGAUUCUCCCGAGUGAGGGAUCGGCCACGUAGUUGUGCUCUCGGGAUCCGGACGGUGGGCCUUGGGAAGUGUCUGAUCCUGAAAUCAGACGGACACCAGGGGCUGGAAGGCUGGCUGGCACGGGGCAGCCAGGCGCCUAGAAGCUUCCCAUCAAAGAUAGCACACCUUCCUUGGAUCUUCUCAAAGGAAAGCUUUUGGGGGCAGGUCCCCCACAGGUAUAGAUGCUCCACACC